GUCAUCCUCAAAGCGUAUAAUAGAGGAUGCUUCUUUGCUUUCUACUUGAAAUUGUCCUUCUCCUUUCUUAAUCACAGCCCGCGUACGAUCCCAGACAUUUCCUUGUAGUUCCUCCUUUGUUUUUGCUUAUAUAAACACUGCACCGCAGUGCUUGGUUGAAAACAACGUUUAUUUUGAUAUUGUGCAUGUGUACGAAACAAAAUCGUUGCAAGAUUGACAGUAAUGGAGAGCUACUUGAAUGAGAAUUUUGAGGUGAAGCCUAAGAAUUCGUCCGAGGAGGUUUUGCAACGAUGGAGGCAUCUCUGUGGGGUUGUCAAAAAUCCCAGGCGGCGGUUUCGAUUUACUACCGAUCUUUCCAAGCGUUACGAAGCGGCUGCUAUUCGCCGUACCAAUCAGGCGUUUCAGGAAUAUAUUAGAUAUGUUAUUGCAUUCAUAUUCGUCUCAUCAGCUAGCCUUUGGUUAUCUCUUCUGAUUCUUGGCGCCAUUCCACAGUUUGCGCUGCUUUUUCUGGUUUUCACUUACCCACUUGUGACGUUUUUAGUUUUACAUUUUAUUUGGAGCAAUCGGGUUGAUCGUGCCAUUGGUUGGCUUCGUCGGAGACGUUUAGCGCGUCAGGCUGGGUAUAUUGCUCUUUUUGCCUACGGGCGCAUUGUAGUCAAUAGUAAGGAUGAAUGGUACGUCGCCUUUCUCUCAUGUUCUAUCCUGUGUGGAAUGGGCAUUCUCGGCUUUUUCUCUGCCGCCGAAGAUUUCGUUAUGGCGCUUCAAUCUAUAUCCACGUAUUCUGGAGCUGCUGCUUUGGAGUUGAUGGUUCUUGGUCAGCACCCUGUACAGGCCAGCUGUGCUGCUGGCCUGUAUAUCUUGGCGGAAGCUAUAAUGUUCGUUGGAGCAGACCCGGCAGCGUUCCGUGGCUGCCUGACCUUCGCUCGACCCCUGCUGAACCACUGGUAGAGGCUGUUGGUAGACGGAAAUCAGCUGGCGGAACCGCGUGUUUAACGGCAAACACCUGACUCGCUGGAAGUCCCGGAAUAUUUUAGCACUCAAAUGUGCUCCGGUUACUGUUACUGUUUUCUAUGAUUUUAGUUCCAUUUUGUUGAAGCAAAGAGCAUUCCUCAUUUGGCUCCUAAA